CCCCGCUCCCCGGCCCGCAGUCACAGCCACACCAUAGAGACGGCGUCUAUGCUUUCAGGGGAGCUAGAGAGGCCGCUGGCGGCGGUGCACGGACGCAUGCGCAGUGAUGGCGGCUCCUCUCUGGGUGUACGGCGCGGUGCUCGUUGGCAACGCAGCCGCAUGCGCACUAGUGGCGUGACGCCAGACUCCGGCGCAGGAGGCACCAUGGCGGAGCCGGAGCCCAGAAGGAAGAUCCCCCUGGUGCCGGAGAACUUGCUGAAGAAGCGGAAGGCGUAUCAGGCCCUCAAGGCCACCCAGGCAAAGCAGGCGCUGUUGGAAAAGAGGAAGCACCAGAAGGGGAAGCAGAUACAGUUCAAACGUAUUGAGACAUUUCUUCGAGAUUCACGGCGCAAACAUAGAGAUGAUGUCCGGCUGAAGCGCAUGGAACAGAAGCCUGGCCAAAUGGUUCUACCUCAGGGCCCCAAGUUGGCCUUUGUUGUACGGAUUGCAGAGAUUAAAGGGGUGAGCCUAAGGGUGCGGAGGGUGAUACAGAUGCUGCGGUUGAGGAAGAUUUUCAGCGGCACAUUCAUUAAACUGACUCCAUCCUCACUGAAGAUGCUGCGCACUGUGGAGCCCUAUGUAGCAUGGGGACAUCCCAAUCUGAAAUCUGUACGAGAGCUCAUCCUGAAACGAGGUCAAGCAAAGAUCAACAAGAAGAGGGUUCCUUUGACAGACAACACUCUGAUAGAGGAGCAUCUAGGGAAGUUUGAUGUUAUUUGCCUGGAAGAUCUUAUUCAUGAAAUUUAUUCAGCUGGGAAGCAUUUCCGAGAAAUCACUAACUUCUUAUGGCCAUUUCAUCUCUCUGUUGCUCGCCAUGCUGCACGUAAUAAAGUGGGUUUCGUCAAGGAGAUAGGUGAACCUGGGUACCGAGGCGAGGGAAUCAACAAGCUCAUACGUCAGCUGAACUAGUCAGGGUCCAUAUAAGGAUUUUAGGUUUUUGUCUCCUGCUGCAAGCUGUACGUUUGUUCUCGCAGACUGUUGGAACUGAGCAAUGUGACAUUACAUCUCCUAUCUGCUAACUUCUUCUGCCUUCAAGGAAAUAUCAUGCAUGAAGGAGAUGGAUUUAGUACUGUUCCUUCUCCAGGAAGAAGUCAAAUUGCUAUCAAAUGUGAGCAAAAAGUGACUUGAACUUGCGGGGAGCAGAGCUUCCCUGUACAUCUGAUGAAACACAUCACUAAAACAAAUUUUUACUAUUGUUGGUUUUAUACCAUCUUUCUUUUGAAGGAUCUGUCCUUUGGAAUGAACUUGUACCUGCAAACAAGGGGUUUGGAAGAUGGGGGUUCCUUUGCCAUUAUUUAAUCCUUCAUUGCAGCUGACUUGUGCCUAAGGAUCUUGUGAUUCAGCCCUCCCAAACUGAAUCAGUUUGUCUCUAGUGAUGCUGCACUUUCCUCCAGUUACCAAUUUCCCUUAGUAUCACAAUCACAGUCGCCUGGUAAGAAGUUUAUCCUUCCUGAUGCACAGUUAAGGCUGAGAAGUGUAUUGUAAAUACAUCCCUCAGUUGCUGUUGCUGAGCAAGCUGCUAGCAGGAAAACUAAUAGAGGUUCUAUAAUUUCUGAAAUAACCAGACCAUGUUUAGCCCACUGCAAAAGUGGUGAUCUGCUGCUGCUGCUUGAUCACAUGAUGCCUUUUAGAUUCUUCUAAAUCAGACUUUACAGGGACUCACCAUUUCCAGGAAAGGAAAUCUUAUUUGACCUUUACCUCAUUGAUUAAAACUGUAAAGAAGUCUUUUCUUACUCAGUGACUUUCAAAUAAAUUAUCAAACUCCGCUGUAAUUUGAGGUUACUGUAUGUUUAAUAAAUCAACAAGCAGGAGAGAGGAAUUCAGGAGGGCAGUUUUCUUUAGUAAAACUGAGCUUCUGCCUGUACUGAA